UGGAGCGACAGGGAAGGCUACAAAGUCAAAUAUGUUGGUUACUUAGGACCAGAGAUAAGGGACAGAGUCAGAAAGAAAUUACGAGGCAAGCAUGUGGCCUCCGGAGCACUAGCUGGAGAAAGCACACUUCCCCGGAAGCCACAAAAUGAGCAGAACGAGCGAGGUGGUCCGUGCGUCCCACGCGGCCAGCCUGUGCGGACGUUCGCAGGGCUGGUCACACACUCGAGGGGUUCUGCUCCGAAUAACUCGAAUGUCAUGUUCCGGGGCGGCUUGGGCCUUGGACACCCCACCCUCGACAAGGCGCACCCGACUCUUCCUGUAGCACCGAUGGCCUGAGACACGCACCUGGGCACCCCUGCCUGGAAUGGGGGCGCCCCGUAGUGGAAAGGGAAGAAUCGGUUUCCUAAAAGACAGAAAAAUGGAGGAAUUGGUAAACCAAAUGCAGCCGCUGAAUGAAAAGCAGAUAGCCAAUUCUGAAGACGGAUAUGUGUGGCAAGUCACUGAUAUGAAUCGGCUGCACCGGUUCUUAUGUUUUGGUUCUGAAGGUGGGACUUACUAUAUCAAAGAACAGAAGUUGGGCCUUGAGAAUGCCGAAGCUUUAAUUAGAUUGAUUGAAGAUGGCAGAGGAUGUGAAGUGAUACAGGAAAUAAAGUCAUUUAGUCAAGAAGGCAGAACUGCAAAGCAGGAGCCUACGCUCUUUGCCCUCGCCAUUUGUUCCCAGUGUUCCGACAUAAGCACGAAACAAGCCGCCUUCAAAGCUGUUUCUGAAGUUUGUCGCAUUCCUACACAUCUCUUUACUUUUAUACAAUUUAAGAAAGAUCUAAAGGAAAGCAUGAAAUGUGGCAUGUGGGGUCGCGCCCUCCGGAAGGCCGUAGCAGACUGGUACAAUGAAAAAGGUGGCAUGGCCCUUGCCCUGGCCGUUACAAAAUAUAAACAAAGAAAUGGCUGGUCUCACAAAGAUCUGUUAAGAUUGUCUCAUCUUAAACCUUCCAGUGAAGGACUUGCUAUUGUUACCAAAUAUAUUACAAAGGGCUGGAAAGAGGUCCAUGAAAUGUAUAAAGAAAAAGCACUUUCUGUGGAGACUGAGAAAUUAUUAAAGUAUCUGGAGGCUGUAGAGAAAGUGAAGCGCACAAAAGAUGAACUGGAAGUCAUUCAUCUGAUAGAAGAACACAGACUGGUUAGGGAGCAUCUCCUAACAAAUCACUUAAAGUCUAAAGAGGUAUGGAAGGCUUUGUUACAAGAAAUGCCUCUUACAGCAUUACUAAGGAAUCUUGGAAAGAUGACUGCUAAUUCAGUGCUUGAACCAGGAAACUCAGAAGUGUCUUUAGUAUGUGAAAAGCUGUGUAAUGAAAAACUGUUAAAAAAGGCUCGUAUACAUCCAUUUCAUGUUCUAAUUGCAUUAGAAACUUACAAAACAGGUCAUGGGCUCAGAGGAAAACUGAAGUGGCGCCCUGAUGAAGAAAUUUUGCAAGCUUUGGAUGCUGCUUUUUACAAAACAUUUAAGACAGUUGAGCCAGCUGGAAAGCGUUUCUUACUGGCAAUUGAUGUCAGUGCUUCUAUGAACCAAAGAGUUUUGGGUAGUGUACUCAACGCUAGCACAGUAGCCGCAGCAAUGUGCAUGGUUGUCACACGAACAGAAAAAGAUUCUUAUAUAGUUGCUUUUUCAGAUGAAAUGGUACCAUGUCCAGUGACUACAGAUAUGACCUUACAACAGGUUUUAAUGGCUAUGAGCCAGAUCCCAGCAGGUGGAACUGAUUGCUCUCUUCCAAUGAUCUGGGCUCAAAACACAAAUACAGCUGCCGAUGUCUUCAUAGUAUUCACUGAUAACGAGACGUUUGCUGGACAUGUCCAUCCUGCCGUUGCUCUGAGGGAAUAUCGAAAGAAUAUGGAUAUUCCAGCUAAGUUGAUUGUUUGUGGAAUGACAUCAAAUGGUUUUACCAUUGCAGACCCAGAUGAUAGAGGCAUGUUGGAUAUGUGUGGCUUUGAUACAGGAGCUCUGGACGUGAUUCGAAGUUUCACAUUAGAUAUGAUUUAAUCAUAAGCACCAGCACAGUCUAAGAGGUCCAUUGCCAUCAGUGAUCUCGCUAAUACACCGCUACUUCCCAGCUAAUCUUAAUCCAAUGAAAGACAGUAGGAUGACGGUAUAGUAUGUGCAUAAUGGAAAGUUUACCUUACCCAAAAAAAAAAAAAAAAAAAGGAAGGAACAAUAAGAUGAGCCCAAAGU